AUGCACAGAAUAGCAUUACCUGGGAAUUGUAUUUCUAAGCGUUCAGUACUUGUGAGAAGUACGGACCAACAAACCACGGUAAUGCCAUUAUUUGGACAUUCAAAACGUAAAAAGACAUCGCUAUCGCCCCCGUUAUCUAGUGCGUCGGAUCUGCUCGGUGUAGAGCUUUCGAAUGCGUCGGCAUCGUCUGGGCAGGGAUCUGCAGCAGGUAAACCCAAGAGUAAAAUCAAGAGUCUUUUAAAGCCGAAAAAUUCAUCAACUGAUAAAAUUGAGCAGGAACUACAGAAAGUCAGAUUAGACAACGAUGCAAAGGUGGAAGAAAUACGCAAACAACGUCUUAAUAAGAGAACAAGCACGAUUGUGGAAGCUGAUGUGGAUGAGGCAAAUCAAAACGUAGACAGUGGGUUCGAUUCGGAGUACGACUCUACUGAUCUGGAUGAUCUUGAUUCUGAUUCGGAUGAUAGUGACUACGAAGAAGAACAUUUGCAUGCCAUCAAGAUUAGAGGAAAGAGUCUUUCGAUUCAGAGUAAUCUUGUAUCGCAACUAUCGAGCAUAAUGGGGUACUGUGGGAUAACUUCGACAGCAACCAAUCCAGAGACAUUAGCAGCACUUGCAAACGAAGAGCUGAAAAGAACAUUUUCGUUGCUUGACCAAAAUAUGAAAAUACAUCGCUUGUCGGGCACGUCGAACAGAAAGGAUCCAAAAUUGACCGAAUCGGUUAUCGGGGAUAAACAAGCACAGUUAAUUGAAAAGCUACAGAUAAAACUUGAUGAAGUUCUAAGCCUGAAAGGUUUACCGUCAGAACUGAUUCAAUGUUUGCGCAAUGGUAAGACUGUUUAUGAUAGAUACGGUGUGGUUAGAGAUAUAAUAGGGAGAGGUGCCUAUGGACUAAUAAAGAUCAUUGACCCUAAUGCAACCGAUGCAACACUUAAGUCAACAACGAAGAUUGCUCCGGGAAAUGUAUUUUAUGCAGUGAAAGAAUUGCAAAAACGACCCGGAACUGAUGUAAAACAAAAAGAGUCUCAGAAACAAUUUAUCGAUAGAGUGAUAUCUGAGUUCAUUGUAUCCUCAACUUUGAAUUAUAAACAUAUAGUAAAGACAGUGGAUUUGAUGGUCACAUUGCCACCUACAGGCUCUAAGAAAGCCAGUGAGCUCAGUCAGUGCAUAAAAAUCAGUCAGGUUAUGGAGUGUACUACAGGUGGUGAUUUGUUUACAUAUAUGUCAACUACCACCGACAAAGGAAACCAGCCUAUACGAAGUGUAUCACUUGAUGAAGUUGAUUGCUUUAUAAAACAAAUAUCGAAAGGAUUAUGGUAUAUGCAUAAACAUGGGGUGGCCCACUGCGAUCUUAAGCUUGAAAAUAUUUUAGUAAAUUAUCUACCUCCAGAUCCACAAGAUCCACUAAGAACUAGAAUCGUCUUGAAGCUAUCAGAUUUUGGAAAGGUGAACGUCUUCAAAACUAAAUGGGACCAACAAGAACAAUUAAUACCUUAUGUCAAUGGACCUGUUGGCUCAGAGCCAUAUAUGGCUCCAGAGGAGCAUCUCGGUAAAAUGAAUAAAACAGGAGGGUAUUCUGCGAGAAGUAAAGAUAAUUGGGCCUUGGGAAUUGUGAUACUAGUAUUAUUUAAUAUAAGUAAACAGUACUUUAUCCAUAACAAAUUGGAUGGUGAUGAUGACAAGCCUGCUGAAUAUAGUGGGAUUUUUGACGAAUAUAGCUCUGGAUACUUAUGGCAUUGUACAGAUAUGAAAAUGCAUCAUUUGAAGAAAGCUGAGGAGAAGAGAUAUAGGGAUAAGGUAUUUGAAGAGUAUACGAAGAAUAGAAUGAUAGCGGAUUAUGAUAACACAACAAAAGAGUGGUUGAUUAAGAAAGAGGGUAGGUUUAGACCUAUUGAAAAUUUGUUUGUAAUCCCAAAGGAUGAGGACGACGAAGGAACUGGAGGUUUUGAGUGUCAAUUAGAUGACGAUGAAUUACAACUAUGUGAAUUACGUAAAAUGUUCAUGUAUAAAUUAUUAGAUCCAAAUCCUGAAACAAGAUUAACUUCGGACGAAUUUAUCAGAGGUGACUGGAUGACAUCGGUAUACAACUGCUACGAUUGCAUUAAUUAG